UUGCACCUAUUGACCUAUUUCUUCAAAUACGGGAAAACAAAGCCAUGUGUGCAGACAAAACAGUCGUUAUUGACGGGUUCACAGUAUUACAAACAAAGUUUCAAGAGUCCAGUAAACCCGGACACAGUCUUUAUGUAAAGGAACACCAGGGCAGAGCCAGUACCAGACCCAAAGAUAGGACACUGUUUGUUGUCAAUGUACCACCUUACUGCACACAGGUGAGCAUACAAAAGGUCUUCUCUGCGUUUGGGGAAGUGAUCAAGGUUUAUAUGUAUGACAAGCCUCACAGCGAAGAUAAACAGCGGAACCAGUCCAAGUAUUUUCCAGAUAUCCCACAGGUCAAGGGUUUUAAGGUGGCCUACAUUGUCUUUAAGAAGCCUUCAUCGGUUCAGAAAGUCAGAUCUCAUCCUUACGACAGAAUUCUCACCCUCUCUGAUGAAGAAGUCCCGAUUCUCACUGGAAUCAAAGAAUGGCAGAAAGAGUACAGAGAUAAUGAGUGUAACACCCAGGAGCUACAGUCAGAGAUAGAUAGCUACAUGGAGGCCUAUGAUGAGGAACAGGAGAGAGAAAAGAGGCUGGCCUUGGAGCAGGAGGGGGUACCCGACGACGAAGGCUGGGUCAAGGUCACGCGGCAUGGCAAAAAUAAGGGGGCCCCACGAACGGAAACCAUGGAAAAGAAAGUCACGGCUAAAGACAAGAGGAGGCAGACCGAAAAAGAACUCAAGAACUUUUAUGCUUUCCAAAUGAGAGAGUCCAAAAGAGACAGUAUUGCUGAAUUACGCAAGAAGUUUGAAGAGGAUAAACAGAGAAUUUCUUUAAUGAAAGCAUCAAGAAAAUUUCGACCUUAUUAAAAAUAUUUAUUCAUAUAGAUAAAUGUGUAUUGU